GAUAAUGCGCCAAUUCAUAGGUCAAAAACGGCUAGAAAGUAUAUGGAUGCACACCUAAUUCAGUGCUUGGAUUGGCGUGCACAAUCGCCAGUUCUGAACCCGAUUAAGAACGUUUGGCGCCUUAUGAAGCUGCGUAUCUCAAAGCGCAGAGAAUAUAUACAUACACGCGAUCAGAUGGUUCAGAUCCUACGAGAGGAGUAA